UGUUCAGGUCUGAUCAGAUUAGCUGGAUCAACUCGAUGCUCUGGCAGAGUUGAAGUUUAUCACAAUAACAGCUGGGGAACAGUCUGUGAUGAUGGCUGGGACUUAAAUGAUGCUGAGGUGGUUUGCAGACAGUUAAACUGUGGGUCGGCACUGGAAGUUCCUACAUCAGCUCACUUUGGUGCAGGAACUGGACAGAUUUGGCUUGAUCAUGUGACCUGUUCAGGAAAUGAAAGUUCUCUAACUGAGUGUCAACACAGUGGAUUUGGAUCAAACACAUGUGGACGUGGUCAGGAUGCUGCUGUCAUCUGUUCAGCUGUGCCCAUCAUUUUAACUGGAUGUGGAUCGACUCGAUGUUCUGGAAGAGUUGAAGUUUAUCUCAAUAACAGCUGGGGAACAGUCUGUGAUGAUGGCUGGGACUUAAAUGAUGCUGAGGUGGUUUGCAGACAGUUAAACUGUGGGACGGCACUAGAGGCUCCUCGAUCAGCUGACUUUGGUGCAGGAACUGGACAGGUUUGGCUUGAUGAUGUGACGUGUUUGGGAAAUGAAAGCUCUCUAACUGAGUGUCAACACAGUAGGUCUCGAUUAAACAGCUGUCGACAUUGUAAGGACGCUGCUGUCAUCUGUUCAGAUCUGAUCAGAUUAGCUGGUUCUGGAUUGAGCCGAUGUUCUGGCAGAGUUGAAAUCCUUCACCAUAACAUCUGGGGAACAGUCACUGAUUAUAACUUUGACUUAAAUGAUGCUGAGGUGGUUUGCAGACAGUUAAACUGUGGGACGGCACUAGAGGCUCCCCGAUUUAGUCACUUUGGUGCAGGAACUGGACAGAUUUGGCUCAGUGGUGUGACCUGUUCAGGAAAUGAAAGUUCCCUAACUGAAUGUCAACACUCUGGAUGGGGAAACAACUCUUAUGGACAUUAUUACGACGUUGGUGUCAUCUGUUCAGGUCUGGUCAGAUUAGCUGUAUCGACUCGAUGUUCUGGCAGACUUGAAGUUUAUCACAAUAAUAGCUGGGGAACAGUCUGUGAUGAUGGCUGGGACUUAAAUGAUGCUGAGGUGGUUUGCAGGCAGUUAAACUGUGGGUCAGCACUGGAAGUUCCUCAAACAGCUCACUUUGGUGCAGGAACUGGACAGAUUUGGCUUGAUAAUGUGACCUGUUUGGGAAGUGAAAGUUCUCUAACUGAGUGUCAACACAGUGGAUUUGGAUCAAACAGAUGUGAACAUGGUCAGGAUGCUGCUGUCAUCUGUUCAGAUCUGAUCAGAUUAGUUGGUUCAGUAUCAUAUCGAUGCUCUGGCAGAGUUGAAAUCUUUCACAAUAACAUCUGGGGAACAGUCUCUGAUUUUAACUGGGACUUAAACGAUGCUGAGGUGGUUUGCAGACAGUUAAACUGUGGGACGGCACUACAAGCUACUCCAUCAUCUAAAUUUGGUGCAGGAACUGGACAGAUUUGGCUCAGUGAUGUGAGUUGUUCAGGAAAUGAAAGUUCUCUAACUGAAUGUCAACACUCUGGAUGGGGAAACAACUACUAUGGACAUUACUAUGAUGUUGGUGUCAUCUGUUCAGGUGAGAUCAGAUUAGCUGGAUCUGGAUCAACUCGAUGUUUCGGAAGAGUUGAAGUUUACCACAACAACAGCUGGGGAACAGUCUGUGAUGAUGGCUGGGACUUAAAUGAUGCUGAGGUGGUUUGCAGACAGUUAAACUGUGGGUCAGCACUGGAAGUUCCUCCAUCAGCGCACUUUGGUGCAGGAACUGGACAGAUUUGGCUUGAUCAUGUGACCUGUUCAGGAAGUGAAAGUUCUCUAACUGAGUGUCAACACAGUGGAUGUGGAUCAAACAGAUGUGAACAUGGUCAGGAUGCUGCUGUCAUCUGUUCAAAUCUGAUCAGAUUGGCUGGGUCUGGAUCAUCUCGAUGCUCUGGCAGAGUUGAAAUCUUUCACAAUAACAUCUGGGGAACAGUCUCUGAUUUUAACUGGGACUUAAAUGAUGCUGAGGUGGUUUGCAGACAGCUAAACUGUGGGUCCGCACUGGAAGUUCCUCGAUCAGCUCACUUUGGUGCAGGAACUGGACAGAUUUGGCUGGAUAAUGUGACCUGUUCAGGAAAUGAAAGUUCUCUAACUGAAUGUCAACACUCUGGAUGGGGAAACUACUACUACUAUGGAUAUUAUUAUGAUGUUGGUGUCAUCUGUUCAGGUCCAAUCAGAUUAGUUGGAUCUGGAUCGACUCGAUGUUCUGGCAGAGUUGAAGUUUAUCACAGUAACUGCUGGGGAACAGUCUGUGAUGAUGGCUGGGACUUAAAUGAUGCUGAGGUGGUUUGCAGACAGUUAAACUGUGGGUCUGCACUGGAAGUUCCUCAGUCAGCUCACUUUGGUGCAGGAACUGGACAGAUUUGGCUUGAUCAUGUGACCUGUUCAGGAAGUGAAAGUUCUCUAACUGAGUGUCAACACAGUGGAUUUGGAUUAAAGAGUUGUGGACAUGGUCAGGAUGCUGCUGUCAUCUGUUCAGAUCUGAUCAGAUUAACUGGAUCUGGAUCAACUCGAUGUUCUGGCAGAGUUGAAGUUUAUCACAAUAACAGCUGGGGAACAGUCUGUGAUGAUGGCUGGGACUUAAAUGAUGCUGAAGUGGUUUGCAGACAGUUAAACUGUGGGACAGCACUAGAGGCUCCCCGAUUUGGUCACUUUGGUGCAGGAACUGGACAGAUCUGGCUUGAUCAUGUGACCUGUUCAGGAAAUGAAAGUUCUCUAACUGAGUGUCAACACAGUGGGUUUGGAUCAAACAGAUGUGAACAUGGUCAGGAUUCUGCUGUCAUCUGCUCAGCAUGUGGAAGGGUUGUGAGAAACACAGGAAGCUGGCCCUGGCAGGUCACUAUAGAACAUAAUGGAAAAUUUGGGUGUGGAGGAUCUCUAAUCACCAACCAGUGGGUGCUGACAGCUGCUUCCUGCUUGUCAUACAUUAACCUCAAUGACACAGUAGUAUUUCUGGACCGUCACAUCCAGCCAGGUUUAAACCCAAAUGAGGUGAAUCGGACAGUUGAAGACUUCGUCUGCCAUCCUGAAUACAACACCUCGACAUAUGAGAACGACAUAUGUCUGCUGAAGCUGUUGGCUCCUGUAAAUUUUACAGACUACAUUCAGCCGAUCUGCUUAGCCUCAGAAAGCAGCACUUUUCACAGAGGGACCAGCAGCUGGAUCACUGGUUUUGGUUUUGAUUAUGAGGACGGUUCCUUCCCCAUUAUCCUGCGGGAGGUAAAUGUGUCAAUUGUAGGAAACAGUGAGUGCCAGUGCUACUAUGAAGGUGACAAAGUGAUCACAGAGAACAUGAUCUGUGCUGGAAUCAGAGCUGGGGGGAAGGAUUCAUUUUGGUGUGAUAGAGGAGAACCACUCAUUGUCAACAAAGAAUCAGUUUGGGUCCAGAGUGGAGUUAUGACCCAUCAUGACUCCUGCGGUUCUCGAGUGAAACCUGAAAUCAGCACUCGCGUGUCCCAGUAUGAGAAGUGGAUCAGAUACACCGUCACUGGCAUGAAGCCAGGCUUUGUUACUGUCACCUCUCCAAGAACUGACAGCAACUUACACUUCAACUGUCCAAAAUCACCAGAUAGCAGUGGUGAAAAUCUCAUCCCCUUCAUUCCCUUCACCUCACUUAUUGUGUUGCUCCAUGUUUGUUUGAAGUGAAUUAUAACUGAAUUUCCUGUACUGAAGUAAUAAUUUGAAAUACUUGUACUUUACUCAAGUGCUUGUUUGUUAAAAUGAUUUACUUUUAAUUGACACUUUGGGUUUGUGGUUACUUUACUAAAUAAAUAAGAUUUUUCCUGACAUAACAUAACACACACAUAGAUUGAUGUAGAUAUAUGCCCUAGC